AUAUGUAUGUUUCUAAAUAAGUUUUAUUUGCUUUUAUAAAAAAAGUAUUAAAAUGUCAGAUACAUGGAGUAAACUUCAAGCACAUAAGCGGAAGCAAGAAAGCUUGCGGGAGAUGUUAGCAAAAAAAAGAAAAGAGAGACAAGUGUUGCUAGAAAGUACCUCUGCAGGAGAUCUUAAUAAGCAAGAUUUAAUUGACGAAGAGAAACAAGAGAAAUUUGAAAAUGCUGGAAAACUAGAGUUAGAUUUGGAAGCCAUUAGCGAAUUGGAGAAGUAUGUAGCUUUAGAACUAAGCAAAAAGGAACUAGUGUUGCCUUUAGCAAUCGAAGAUCUUCAUAAACAUUUAGAAAAGUUGAAAGGACAUUCUGUAAAUAAAUCAAGCCUGAUGAUUGUAAUUGAAAAAUUAGAGGCACAGAAUCUAGUAAGCGUGAAGCGGACUGGCGAGCUUGUCACCAUAUUUGAUUGUGAAUACGUGAAACUUCGUGCUUUGCUUGGUAACCGCUCAUUAGCAAAUCCUGAUAAAGCUGUGGUGAUUGAAACUAGUGAUGUAAAAAAAACUCGAGAUAUUGCAAAGCCAGAAGCAGAUGAUCAAAAGGAUUUAAUAGCUAGUUUGUUAUCAAUUCCAACUAUGAGAGAGUCCGAGAACAAAAAAAUUGGCAAUGAAAUUCUUGAUCUCCUUAAUCAAAAAACUGCCAAGGAGCAAUCAUUGAUAGAAAAGUUUAAAUCGCAAGGUGGUGCCAUGGUGCAUGAGUUUUGUCCCUUUGGCACUAGAGAGGAAUGCAGACGCAGCAACUCUGAAAGAAAAAGAUGUAAAAAACUACAUUUUAAGAAAAUAAUUCAAGCACAUACAGAUGAGUUUUUGGGUGACUGUUCCUUUUUAAACACUUGCUUUCAUAUGGACACCUGCAAGUAUGUCCAUUAUGAAGUUGAACAGCAAGGAUCAGAAAGUUUGGUGAAAUCAAAGGAUAUUGUUGAUUUAAAGAAAACAGAUUUAUUAGGAGGAAAAAUUAUGUUGAUGCCACCUCAGUGGAUUCAAUGUGAUGUUCGAACCUUGGACUUGGAUGUUAUUGGAAAAUUUAGUGUUAUAAUGGCUGAUCCACCCUGGGAUAUUCAUAUGGAGCUUCCGUAUGGAACAAUGGCUGAUCAUGAAAUGAAGCAGCUGCAAGUUGGAAAGCUUCAAGAUGAUGGAUACAUCUUUCUCUGGGUUACUGGAAGAGCUAUUGAACUAGGUCGAGAAUGUUUGGAAGUUUGGGGGUAUAAACGAGUAGAUGAAUUGAUUUGGGUGAAAACCAAUCAGCUGCAACGCUUAAUUAGAACUGGGCGAACUGGGCAUUGGAUCAACCACGGAAAAGAACACUGUAUUAUUGGUGUUAAAGGCAGGCCUGAUUCUUCUAUUUUCAAUAAAGGAUUAGACUGUGAUGUUCUAGUUUCAGAGGUUCGUGAUACAAGUCAUAAACCUGAUGAAAUAUAUGGACUGAUAGAGCGUUUAGCACCUGGACAGCGAAAGUUAGAAAUAUUCGGUCGACAGCACAACGUCCAACCUAACUGGAUUACUCUUGGCAACCAGUUAUCUGGGGUCAACUUGAUUGAACCAAGUGUAGUAAAGCGUUUCAAAGAAAAAUACCCAAGUGGAACAUGCAUGGAACCAGAUAAAAAACCAAUACCAACUAUCAUUGAUGCCGCCCCUCAACAAGUCGGAUCGGUGUAAAGAUUAAAUGAUAAUUUAAUCUUUAAAUGAGAUAAUUUUAUCUCCAAGUAAGAUAAAAAGUUUAAUCUCUGAGAUAAUUAACUCUGGAUGAACUCUAAAAGAAGUACUUGAAAAAAAGUAAAAUACUGGUUUUUUUAAAUGUGGAGGAUAUUAUCCAAUCAUCUUUUUAUCUGGAGGAUAUUAUCCAAUCAUCUUUUGCAGAGAUUAAUCAAUGAUAUCGUUAAAUAUUGGUGAAUAUCACUUUAAUAAUGUUUCAUGGUGGAAUACUUUCGAAAGGAACACUUACAAAAUAGUAUUUAUAUUUGUUAAUUAAAUGUAAACUUUAUUACAUCAUAUAAAAAAUUUAACAUUUUCUUUAA